UUAAAAAUCUGCGCUCCUCCGCCUUGUCACCAGUGUUGUGCGCAUUUUUUCCUCUCCUCUCCCGCAGCAUGGUGCUCGGACUCGGAAGCUCAGCACCGCAUUUUUCUCGGACGACUUAGACGAGCCAGCAACACCUGUUCCCACCUUUAGAUACAAGAUGCAGGAGGAGGACAGCACCCAGACAGGCUCACAGCGGGCCUUCAGCGUCCUGGACCGCCUGCUGCUCACUCACCCUGUGUGGCUGCAGCUGUCGCUCAACCAAGACUCCGCCCUGUACAUGCUGCUCAGAGAGCCUAUUGGGACCUUCCUGGUGCGCAAGUGCAGCUCCAGCCAGAGGAAGGUGCUGUGUUUGAGAGUGGCAGCCGACCGGAGUGCCUCCUCUGUUAAGGAGUGCUUCAUCUGUGAGGAGGACUCCACGUUCGCCUUGGAGAGCUCAGCACUCAGCUUUCCAGACUUGUGUCGUUUGGUGGCCUUCUACUGUAUCAGCAGAGAUGUAUUGCCAUUUCCUCUUCAGCUGCCUGAGGCCAUCGCCAAAGCCACAACACACCGGCAGCUGGAAGCCAUCUCACACAUGGGACAGGAUUUCUGGAGUGCACCAAGCACCGUUGACAUCCAAAAUGGUCCUUUGGGGUCUGUUGCAUCCACCAGCGGCGCCAAUGCCCAAAUGGCGGGAACUCAAGACCGAUGUUCCCUGUUCACGCGAGGCAAACAAGGCAAGGUCUGCUUCAUCAACCCCCUGUUUCUUCAGCUGGAGGUUUGCAAGCCGCAGCACACGAACCACAGCGCCUCCAACAAGCGGCACCGCUUCAAGCGCAGCAUGCGUCUCCGGCUCUCAGAGUCCUCCAUGAACCUGUCCCUCGAAGGCGUCGGCUCCUACUCGCCGCCCCCAUCACUAGAGCAGCCCGGAGCAUCGGAGGGUCUGCAGAAAGCCAGCCCAAAUCCACAGAGACGAGUUCACGCAGGGGCUGGAGUCCUGAGGAGAACCCCUGCCGUGUCGCCUGGCUCAGCAGAGGAAGACGACAUGAUGGCCAUAUAUGUGCCACAGACAUCUGCUGCUGCUGCUGCUGACGAGACACCCACGUUCCAGCAAGAGGCGGGAAUCGAAGGAACGGUUCUGGGCUUGGAGCGCCGUCCGGCUCCGUCCUUGGCUGAACUUGACAGCUGCAGCUCCUUCAGCAGUAUGGACGACGAACACGACUCAGAUUCAGAACCCGAAAGCUUGGUCCAGGUCCAGACAAACACCUUGCACCGCCCGCCGCUCGUCCGCUCGCGAGGCCGCGGCGGGAUGCAUCGCAUGAGCGAAGCUUUCGUGUGCUUUUUCGCGCCCGACAAGCGCCUUACCCGGCUGGUGGAGGAACUGGCCCGAGACAGACGCUCGGUGUUCGGGGGCAUCGUUCAGGACUUCCUCCAGGAACAGAGGAAGAUGCUGAAAACGCUGAGCUCCGCUUCGCCGUCUCUCGCCGUAACUUCGGUGCAGCUUCUGCAAAGUCUGCGCCUCUUCCUGUCGCAGGCAAAGUGUUGCUUGCUGGACAGCAGAGAACUCGAGCCUCCCAUUGAAACCCUCGUGCCAGAAAACGAGAAAGACCUGGCGUUGGAGCGGUCCAUGUUCUCCUGCAUCCUCAGGCCUUUGAAGUGCCACCUCCAGAAAGCCCUGACCUCUUUCCACAGUCGCGACGGCUCCACCCAGCGCCUCACUCAGAACCUGCUCCGCCUGAGAGGGAACGGCGCCAUGGAGCGGCUCGGCGUGCGGACAGGGGUCCCGGACGCCCGAGAGGUGGAGAGGGUGAAGCAGAAGCUGAUCCUGAUGCAGCGGACCCACUCGCCCAUCGAUAAAGUGCUCUUGCUGCUCCAAGUGUGCAAGUUCGUCCACAAGGCGAUGGGGACGUUACACGGACAGGAUGUCAGCUGGGAUGAUUUCCUCCCUGCUCUGUCCUAUGUGAUAGUUGAAUGCAACAGGCCUCACCUGCUGAUAGAGGUGGAGUAUAUGAUGGAGCUGCUGGAGCCCUCAUGGCUCGGUGGAGAAGGUGGGUACUACCUGACCAGCGUCUAUGCUAGCUUGUGUCUGAUCCAGAGCCUGGAGCAGGAUCAACCGUUCUCCGGCUGCCUGACGCCACAAGUGCAGGAAGCUCUGAAGGAGUGGAGCUGCAGACGGACCCUGGAGGCCCAGAAACAAAAGGAAACCCAGCAGAGCCAAAGGUGCGUUCGGAUACUGUUCCAGGACGGGGAGCGGAGCGCCGUGCGGACGUUGCAGUGGAGAGCCGGCGAGACCAGCCAGGCCCUGGCGCAGCUGUGCGCCUCCACCUUCGGAGUGUCCGACCCGCAGCAAUACACACUGUUCUGGCGCAGCGGCGGCGAGAUGAGGGCCCUGCCGCCCCAGGCCCAGCCCCAGGACCUGGCCAGCCACAGCGAGGGGGGGCCCUCGCUCUCCUACCUGAGGACCGACCACGACUUCAGCAAGAUGCGGCGGCUCACCAGAGGUGGUGCCGUGGACCUGAGCGAGUCGGUGUGCGAGGAGUGAGUGGGAGGCACAGAGGAAGCAGCAGGAGGAGGAGGAGGAGGAAGGGUUGGGGGAGAUGGAUGGGUGGUUGGUGUUUUUCUCUGUCUCUUACUCUCUCUGUGUGUCUCCUCUCUCCCGCGGCGCACUGUGCCUCGUCACGGGUCGUGAAAAACGACGGUCCUGAUCCUCCGUCCUGAUCCUGAACGGACCAGAGCAAAAAGCAGAGACAACUUGCUGAAAGUUGUGCCACGCAUUGAGGCCGCUUGUGUUAAAAGGAGUGUGCUAUUUUGUGACAAGGAAAAUGUGUAAUAAAUGGAUUUGAUUGUUUUU